AUCCUCAAAGUACUCCGUUGGGCUGCGUUAAUAAUUCGCUAUAUCUCCACACUUGGCAGCUCUUCUAAAUUUCACAUCUCCCCCAGCUCUGUCCACCAUGUCUGCCUCUACCAGAAUCCCGCCAAUCGUUGCUCCGUUCGUCAGUGAACGGGCUAGAAAGACCCUCGAUCUUGUCGAGGAGUUCGUCGAAAAGGAAUGUAUCCCCGCAGAUGCUCUCUUCCAAGCACAGCUCGGCCAGGGCGAGCAAAGAUGGAAGCGGACACCUGCGAUCCUUGAGGAGCUCAAGGUCAAGGCGAAGAAACUCGGCCUGUGGAACAUGUUCUUGCCAAAGAACCACUUCAAGGAAGGUGCUGGCUUCAGCAAUGUUGAAUACGGAUUGAUGGCUGAGAUCCUUGGAAAGAGUCGUGUUGCCAGCGAGGCCACCAACAACGCUGCUCCGGAUACUGGCAACAUGGAGGUGCUCGCUAAAUACGGAAAUGAGGCCCAGAAGAAGCAAUGGCUCGAACCCCUAUUGGAUGGAAAGAUUCGUUCCGCUUUUCUCAUGACUGAGCCUGAGAUUGCUUCAAGCGAUGCCACAAACAUCCAACUUAACAUCAGACGGGAGGGUAAUGAAUACGUGCUCAAUGGACAGAAAUGGUGGUCUUCCGGUGCUGGAGACCCCCGAUGCAGUAUCUACAUUGUCAUGGGCAAGACCGAUCCCAACAACCCAGACCCAUACAAGCAGCAGUCUGUCAUCCUUGUUCCGGCCAAUACCCCCGGAAUCACCGUUCACCGCAUGUUGAGCGUUUACGGAUAUGACGACGCUCCUCACGGCCACGGCCAAAUCACCUUCAAGAACGUCCGUGUCCCUGCUUCUAACAUGGUUUUGGGUGAAGGUCGUGGUUUCGAGAUUAUCCAAGGCCGUCUCGGCCCAGGACGUAUUCACCACGCUAUGCGUGCCAUCGGUUCCGCGGAAAGGGCUCUCGAAUGGUUGAUUGUUCGUGCCAACGACGAGAACAAGAAGCCAUUCGGUGCUAAGCUCUCUUCACACGGUGUCGUCCUCGAGUGGAUCGCUCGCUCCCGCAUGGAGAUUGACGCUGCCCGUCUCGUCGUCCUCAAUGCUGCUGUUGCCAUUGACAAUGCCAACGCCAAGGCUGCCCUUAAGGAAAUCGCUGAGGCUAAGGUUCUCGUUCCCAAGGUUGCCCUGGAUGUCAUUGACCGUGCAAUCCAGGCCUAUGGUGGUAUGGGUGUGUGCCAGGAUACACCUUUGGCAGCCAUGUGGGCCCAUACCCGCACAUUGAGACUCGCUGACGGACCCGAUGAGGUUCAUUUGAGCCAGAUGGGUAGACGGGAGAAUAAGCAACGCGAGAAGUCCGCGACCGCCAAGGUGACAUGGCAAAAGCAAGAGGCUGAGAGGCUAUUGAUGGCAAAUGGCUUUGGUAACCAAUCUCACUUGUAAAAUUGUGCAUUUUAAUGUUCCUCUCAGCUUUCCGGGUUUGGCUUUUUUCCCCCCUCGAAUAGUGAACUGAUAUACGAGUGACUAUCGCCACUCUCAUUUGUUUCCAUUUUAUGAUGCUGCACUUUUAUUGGCUCUUGACGCCAUUGCCGUUGCAGUGAAUCCGAGUUUGUAAGAGGCGUCCAGUCUCUGAUCAACGUGGACAACCCCCAUGACGAUACAAAUAAAGCAUUUCAUAUCUUUUGGU